GUUAUGAUCGAACAGAAUACUCCCUUAAAAUUCAAACUUUAGAAGAUUACCCAUCAAUGUACGAUCUCCCCAUAUCUCUGCCAUUUGAUAUUUUCACAGCUUCAGUUCAAGACCCUAGCACUCCAGAAGGUGAUAAUGCUGCUUUCUGUCUAAAGAGAGAAUCUUAUAAUAGCGUAACUGCGUCUCAAGUUACAAUGUCCAUUUUGUGUAAGUAUGAUCCCAAAGGUCAUAAUGCUAAUGUAGCUGAUACCACGAAAUGUCAACCUAUAAUCUCAAUCGCUAGUGAAUUAGUAUCGUUGAAAAGAUCAUCCACCCCUAAUAAAAAACAACCUCGCAAUGUGACAAAGAAUAUAAAUGAAGACCUGCAAGAAGAAAGCUUCUUGAAGGCAAAAAGAUUGAAAUCUGCUAUAAACCAAGUCAACGAAAUUAAAG